GGUGUCAACAUAAUGGUGAAAAAAACACAGUGAACUACUUGUCUUGUUCGUUGGUACUUAUUGUAAAAUUUUAGAAUAUUGACAUUUCUCAAGUAGACCUAUCAUUUACCUUUAUCGACAGAUGAAGGUGAUCCAGCACUCUGUGGUGACCCUGCAAACAGCUUUGAUCUCUAAUCGUCAGGACCUGGCAGAAAUUUACAGCAAGUACACUGAGCAAGAGCGGUGUCUUCUGGAGGAAGGAUUUCACUCCAGGCAGCCGGGGUCACUUUUCCUGCCCAUCACGGUGCAUUCUGACGCUGACUGGAUCCCUGCUCACCCUGAGGAGCCUCAAGACUUCGAGAGCUUCUUCAGAGACCCUUACCGCAAGACCCCUGAUGCCAGCCACAAUACUAUUUAUAUUCAAACCAUAGGUUCCUUCGGUGAGGUGGGGGCCCAGACAGACCAGUUUGUGGAGUGGCUCAGAGAAUACGGCCAAGCCUUCUUCUAUGGACUUUCUGUCACGCUGCUGCCGGCGGUUACUGUGGCUGAAACAGGAUGUUCUUUCAGGGUUAACAGUAACUCAAACAACCUCCAGAUCCUCACUGGUGACCUGCUAAGAUUUCUGGAGAAAAAGAAACCAAAAGACGCUUUUUGUAUCGUUGGAUUAACAAUGAUAGACCUCUACCCCAGUGACUCUUGGAACUUUGUCUUUGGGGAGGCUUCACUCAGUAUGGGAAUGGGCGUUUUUAGCUUUGCCAGGUAUGAUGACAACUUCUACACCAGCACUUAUGCCGGGAUGCUCAAAAAAAGACUUCAGCCAAAGCAGGGGGACUACUCAGUGUUUGACGGUUAUUACACUCCCCCCAUCAGUAGCACGCUGCUGCUUCGAUCCUGCAAGACCAUGACCCAUGAAAUUGGCCACAUGUUUGGGAUAAAGCAUUGCCAGUGGUUGAACUGCAUGCAGGGCUCCAACCACCUGGAGGAGUCUGAUCGUCGACCCCUGGAUCUCUGUCCAGUCUGCCUUCGCAAGCUACAAGCCUCAAUCAGCUUCAAAAUAGCUGAAAGAUACCAGGCUUUGCUGCACUGGGUGGAGGACGAUGACAGUCAGACAUCCUGUCAGCCUGUUUUCCACCUUUCCAAACCCACCGAAGCUUUUCAAACAUACAGACUGUGGCUCCGCAGGUGCCUCGACAUACUGAAGAGUACAUGACCUGUAGACGUAAGUCGAGAUAAGAUCAGUGAAGCAGCUCUUAUCAACUCUUGCUGAAGUUUCCCUGCAAGACAUUUUUCGGUUUCCUGAUCACAAAGUUCACUCUGAUUUGUUUACAACUAUAUUGGUGGUCGUGGCUCAGUAGUAGUUUGUCUCUUAACUGGAAGGUUGGGGGUUCAAUCCCAAGCUCCUGCACAUGGGCGGUUCUAGGCAGGGGCCAACAGGGGCCAGUGAGCUUGGUCCCCCCUGUGGCCACCCCUCCAAAAGGAAGAGCCCCCCUCAUAACAGUGUAGAGGCCAUUUUAAUUAUGGUGACUUUAGUUUCAGAAGUAUGGUUUAAGUUUGUGUUAACAGAGUAUAUGUUUUGUGUUGUAAGAAAUAAGUAUUAAUUUAUGCGAAGUACUUGAUUUGACAUUAUGGUGAAUAAUGGAUUUAUUUGGGCAUAUUUUGGCAGGUAUUUUGUGUUAUGGGUGGAGCCGAGUUAAUUAAUUUGGGUCUGAUACACAGGUGGUGAGAUAGUAGAUCGUUUUUUGUUUGUGGACUGUGGUGGAGGUUUAGGAGCCACGCAGCAAAUGUUUUUUGAUCGUGACCUUUUGUUAUGAGUUUUGAUAUAUUCAUUUUGGAUCUGUUCUGGAAACAAGUGGAAUUACGAAUAAAAUAAGAAAUCAAGUGAAACAACGGAUCUGUGAGUAUAUUUAAGUGGACAGGCAUCAGGAACGAACAGGUUGGCUCCUAUGACACAAGUGACAAUUUUUAUAUGACACACAAGAAGAAAUUGCCACUACACAUAGUAUGUGACUCAACAACCAGACUCACAAUCUAGUAUUAAAUAUUGUUACAGAAACAAAUAUAAAUCAUGGUAUUUAAUGAU